GCGCGAUGCCCUGCACUCGGUGCGCCCUCCGCGGACCGGGCGACCCAGUGUGCAGCGAGAGCGGUACUCUGUGUCCGGCUGACCCCGCGCCGAGCCCGGGCGGCUCGGGCCGCGGCCGCACACCGCGCCACGCGUCGAGAGCGCAGGCCCCUAAGGCCCGCUGCACUGACAGCAUGAGCCGCACGGCCUACACUGUGGGGGCCCUGCUUCUCCUCUUGGGGACCCUGCUGCCGGCUGCUGAAGGGAAAAAGAAAGGGUCCCAAGGGGCCAUCCCCCCUCCGGACAAGGCCCAGCACAACGACUCCGAGCAGACUCAGUCUCCCCAGCAGCCUGGCUCCAGGAACCGGGGGCGGGGCCAGGGGCGCGGCACGGCCAUGCCGGGGGAGGAGGUGCUGGAGUCCAGCCAGGAGGCCCUGCACGUGACCGAGCGCAAGUACCUGAAGCGAGACUGGUGCAAAACCCAGCCGCUGAAGCAGACCAUCCACGAGGAGGGCUGCAACAGCCGCACCAUCAUCAACCGCUUCUGCUACGGCCAGUGCAACUCCUUCUACAUCCCCAGGCACAUCCGCAAGGAGGAAGGCUCCUUUCAGUCCUGCUCCUUCUGCAAGCCCAAGAAGUUCACCACCAUGAUGGUCACGCUCAACUGCCCCGAACUGCAGCCGCCCACCAAGAAGAAGAGGGUCACGCGCGUCAAGCAGUGUCGUUGCAUAUCCAUCGAUUUGGAUUAAGCCCGGGCACACCCUGCCUGUCCUCGGGCUGCAGCCCCAGGCCGGCCCAGGGCCAGACCUAAAACAACCCGAUUCUUACUUGGCUUAAACCUAGAGGCAAGAAGACCCACCGGCUGCCCCCUGAUGGGAGCCUGCUAGUGCGUAGUCUGUGUGCAUGAGUGUGAGGGGGAGCCUGCGGGUGUUUGCAGACGCCGGAGGUCACACAGCCCCUGCCAGAGGGCACUUCUAUUCUGUAAACGUAUCUGCUUCCCUGCGGGAUGGCACAGAAAGCUCACGCCACCCGAUGCACAUUGGAAGGGGCAGGGCUGUGGUUCCAUUCUGCCUUGGUCUUCCACGGGCCCUCCUGGGGACCAGAAUCUCCCUUCAGAAUGAAUGUUCAUGGAAGAGGCUACUCUGAGGGCAAGAGACCUGUUUUAGAGCUGCAUUAGCCUUGGAAAAGAUUUUUCAACCUGUUCUUGCUUCCUCCUCCUUCUUCCCUCUCACAGUUCAUCCCUUCUUAGGAUCUCAGUGACUAUUUCCAUCUAACCCUCUACCUGCCAAGGGCUUUCAGAUAACUCACUUGACCAUAGGUGUAAAUGUUUCCCACUUGGGGAAGACCUUUCAGACUCUGGGGGAGACUGGUGGGGCGGGGGCAGGAAGGAUGAAGGAUUGAGAGAAGGGAGAGACUGAGGAUGAGGACCAGUCCAGACGUGCAGAGUCUGGAAAGGCUGACCCCCAAACACAGUGAGACCCAUGCUUUAGCAGGUUUUUGUCCUGGCAUUUAAAGAGCCCAAAGUGAACAGAGGAGAAGUGAAAUUGCCCCCCUCCGCCCCCAAAUCAUUAAUUGUAAUCACUGAUCACUCUGGCUGUCACUGUGACUGCAUGAACCAGCUGUAGUCCAGUAGCAAACUUCAAACCUAAAUAUUGACCUCCCCUGUUUUCAGAACCAAGUGAGUGUGAGCUAAACCAAACAGCCUCUCCUGCUUUGCGCCUCAGGGGGACAAAAGAUGUAGUUCAGACACUCCUCCAUAGGAAUAGGAAAAAACCCAAAACUUCAUAAGCAGAAGGUCCUAUUAUGUUUCCUUUUGCUUGGCUAUAAUCACCUUGUUCCCAGUUCAUUAUUUCUGUGUCAUGCUUCUGGGAGCCACAGCCCUGUAUUAUAAAGGUUCUGCCUCGGCCGAAUGUCCCUGGCAUUGAAGAGCCAGGCUGAGGAGAGAGUUUUGGGCCGGCUUCUUUUUAGCUAGAAGUAUAUUUUGGGUCUUUUUGUUUUAGCCAUUGACAAGAGGUUGAGCUUGAGAGCAGAGGAAGGAGAGGAAGGAGAUUACCUCUGGCUAAGGAGUAAGUUCAAUGCCAAGGAGGAGAUGUAAGGGGUAUGGCCUCCCUUUCUUCCUUGGCCCUCUGAGGGUCUAAUGGGAAACCCCAGUUAAGAAAUCAGAGCAUUUGGGUGCAUUAGCUGUCCUACUGGUAGGAUUUAUGUAACAUCGUGACCAUUCAGAGCCUACUGGUAGGCUCUGUUCUCUGAUCAUACUUGGGGUACCCCCAGUGCCUAUUAAGGAUUUAUCCAGUGGCCAAAGUGCAGGGUGGGUGAGCCUUCCUGCAUUUGGGAUUUGGCCAACUUGCUCUCUUCAAGCCUGAGGAUUUUACACGUAAACCACCCCCACCCCCAACACUCUUUUUGCCUUGCGUCUACUCAGCCUCACCAGCCAAGUCACGUGUAACAUGGGAAACAAGCACCAUAGACUUGGCGUUUCGGUUGCCCAUCAAGGCUCCAGCAUUCAAAGAACCAUUGCAACUAAAGAGGCUGCUUCUAUUUUAUUUUUGUUUUGGUCCAGUGCUCUCCCAACUAACAACUAAAUAGGAACCAUACUUUGAGGCAGAAAUCAUCUUGAACACCCAAAAUAUUGGGUCUAAUUUUAAAACUUUUAAACUCACUACUGAUGAUUCUCUACGAGGCGAAUUUGUGCAAACGCAGAGUCUGUGCAUUUCCUAUACACUGUACGCCCCUGCCCUGAAUCCUUCUCUCAUCCACGUCUUCCAACAAUAAAGCACAGAAUGGAUUUAAUUAAGCAUGCCAAUGCUAAGCCAGAAUUUUGAGGGUAGGGGAGAGGAAAAGAAAGGGGAAGGAGCUGAAAAUAUAAAACCACACCAGAGAGGGAAAAAUGACAUUCAGAACCAGCAGACACUGAAUCUCUCUUGUUUUUCUAACUCUGCCACACGCAUACGAUUUUGUUAAAAAGAGAUGACUAAAGUUGGCAGCAGGAAUCUUCUCUUUAGUAGCUUGUACCACAGUCUUGCAUGUAAGUCGGAUUUGGCUUAAGUAAAGAGAAUUUCCUCAAAAUUAACUUCACUGGGAUAAUGAGCAGUGUAACUGCCCUAAAAGCGCAGCGCUCGCCAAAGAGGGAAAUGCCUGCUUUUCUUACUGUGCCUAUAUUAAGACUAGCACAAGUACCGCGUGUCUUCCAACAUUUACUGAAGUGCCAUAUCUGUUACAUAUUGUAUUGAAGUCACCGAUGACGUAAUGAUACUUUUUUUCAUUACUGUAGUAGACUUCUUUCAUGGCAAGAUAUUUGUGGUCUAGAUCUUUCCUAUUAAAAUAAUGCCAAACACCAAAUAUGAAUUUUAUGAUGUACACUUUGUGCUUGGCAUUAAAAGAGAAAAACACACAUCCUGCAAGUCUGUAAGUUGUUUUUUUGUUAUUGUAGUGCUUCGAAGUUAAAAAAUGUAAGCAAAAAAAAAAUCUGGAGGAAAGGCUAAUUUCCACUGUGUGGAAUGUGAAUAGUUAAACAAAGUUAUGGUUAUUUAAUGUAAUUAUUGACUCAAAUCCUUUGGUCACUGUGAUUUCAAGCAUGUUUUCUUUUUUUUUUCUCCUUUAUAUGACUUCCUCUGGGUUGAGCAAAGAAGAGGUUGGCACGUUGUAUGUUGUUGGUGGCUUUUAUCAGGUCAGAGGGAAACAAUAAAAUCCUCACACGUCUGAACGUGCACUAGAGUCAAGACCUGAGCUUUUAUUUUUUUUAAUUGACUGUUCCUUAAAGGUUAACAUUUCUAAGGCAACUUUAGAAAGAUUUUUAAAUGUUAUUUCAGAAGAAUUAAGAUGUGUAUAUACAAAUAGCAGAUACAAAUGAAUAGUUCACGAGUCCUUUUAAGGAGAAAAAUCUAAAAUAAAAACAACAAUGUAUGUACGGAACCUUUAUAAAUGACCAGUUCAUGCUUAAGAGUGAAAGUAGUUCUGAUUUGUCAUUCUCACAAUAUUUAAUAUCAACUGUAUUAUGUCUGCUUUAAUCAUUUAAAAACCACAGAGGAUAUAUAAAGACUAUGAUUGAA